AUGUCUGUUACGUUAUCCCCUAUGCACACACGGCCUCUGCGUUCAGCCCCCAACCGUCAGCCUGAGCGGUCUGCUAAGGCAACCUUCUGGAAUAUGCAGCAGAAACAAGGGACCCCAUUGCUCAGAGAUGGGGCGCAACUGGCUGAUGACCAUCUUCCAUCUAACCGCUUCCUCGGAAUCUUAUCUGCACCAUCGGAGCCUGGUUCCGGAGCCGUUUUAAACGAGGCACACUCUUCCCUGUACGACAUCGAGGCGAUUUUCAGCUACCCACAGUGGUGGAGGUAG